ACGCGCCUAACAAUUGAGACAACCACAGAAACGCACACACCCUCUGCUACAUAGGUAAAUCGCAGCUAUGUCACGAACAGCAGCUCUCUCCUCCUUCAUCGACAGCGCGCCACCUGGCGAGCUCGCCGAUGUCACCAAGGCAAUCAAGUCAAUCCUCGGCGACGAAGCCGUCCAAAACGAGCUUUCGCCUGCCUUCCAAAAGUACAACGAGGAGCAAUUCACCACAACGAAGCUCCCCGGCGGUAGCACCGAGGUCCUAGUCAGCCAGUACAACUCAUUAGGCGACGGCCGCUACUACGACAUAGACACACAAAGCUCCUUCGACUUCGACCACGCCACAGGCAAAGCCAGCGCCGUGCAGAGUUACGUCGUAGAAAGCGCACAAGAAGAGCUCCUCAAGAGCCUAAACAAGUCCCUCAGCACCCACGCCUCAGAACACUACCCCAAGUCCUCUCACGGCGUAUACCCUGUGCCCUCCUCCCCAUCCUCCCUCGCCAUCAUAACGGUCGCAAACAAGUACUCCCCCACAAACUACUGGAACGGCCGCUGGCGCAGCUCCUACAUCUACGACACUUCCUCCGGCUCCAUCACCGGCAGCAUAAAAGUCGACGUGCACUAUUACGAAGACGGCAACGUGCGUUUGCUUACGACCAAGGAGGUUAGUCUCAGUGCGGGUGCCAGUGCGAAUGGAAGCGAGGUUGUGAGGAAGAUUGCGGCUGAGGAGAAGAAGUAUCAGGAGGAUCUUAAUAGGGCGUUUGGUAGUCUGAGUGAGGGCGCGUUCAAGGCGCUGAGGAGGCAGUUGCCGAUUACGAGGCAGAAGAUUGAGUGGGAGAAGAUUAGUGGCUAUAGGCUUGGUCAGGAUAUUGGUGGUGGGAGGAGGUGAGAGGUUGCAUGUACGUAUUGGGCUUGGUUUGGUGGUGGGUCUCGUUGGUGUCGGUGGAGGAAGACACAUUUAGUGUGUAGCUUUGAGUACUACAGAAUUACUGAACGUGAUGGCUAUAGCACACGGUCUGAUACUCGUGGCUCGCUCCUUUUCCCCCGCGCUUUUGCCUGCUGGGCCA